AUGGAGGUGGGGCAUAUGUCAAGGAGCUUCAUCCUUAGGUCCGUGAGUAAAAGGAGGCUCUUCAUUACAUCCAGUAUGCUCUCAGGAUGUUGAUAUAGUAAUGUUACAUUUGAAAGCAAGUCUCUUUCUCGCACAUGUACGACCACUCGUUGCCCCACAGCUGGCUGGCCACCGGUGAUGUGGAAGGGGAGUGGCACACACAUGCCCCUAUCUAUCCAAGUCGCUCGAGCCCCUGCUCGUGGCUACUCCCUGACUACACUUCCGACCCGCUUGUGGGCCUGGCUGGCCAAUGGGUCCCCCAUUUUGUCUUUUUUUUAUUUUUUAUUUUUUUCUUCAUUUAUCUCAAAAGCAAUAUUAUAAAAAUCAUAUAAAUUUAUGUAAAAUCACAUAAUUAUCCAAAAAACCACAUUAACUAAUUGAAAAUCACUUUUCACACUUUAACAAUAAUAUAAGUCUAUUUAUCAUGAGUUAAGGCUAAAACUAUAUUAUUUACUAAUUAUUAACUCAUGAUAAUGAAGACUUAUCAAGGGCUCAACCCUCUCUAGUAUUGUCAAUCAGAUCAUCUUCUUCCUCUACUUCGCUUCCUGAUGCCGCUAGAGAAGGCUGAUCCUUCUGACGAUGGUUGGGCGGAAGCCCAACCGCUGACGCUCGGCAUUCCCGCCGAAGCGCUACCACUACGCACCCUGUGUGCCGGCUCUUGCAGCCUGCACACCCACUCGGCGCAUCGCCCAUGUGCUCCGAGGCAUGCUGCGCAGCUUGCUGUGCACGCUCGCUAACAUGCCCUUCGGCCCACCAGCGAACCCAACUGUUGUGCCAACUAUGCCAUGCCUUACGAUGAUGACUACUGCGACUCUUGACCAAGACCGACUGUCGAUGCUGAGCAUCACUCUUCACUAAACGUCUUCAUUAUCAUGAGUUAAUAGUUAGUAAAUAAUAUAGUUUUAGCCUUAACUCAUGAUAAAUAGACUUAUAUUUAUGUUAAAGUGUGAAAAGUGGUUUUUAAUUGAUUAACGUAAAAUUUUGGGUAAUUAUGUGAUUUUACAUGAAUUUAUAUAAUUUUUACAAUCUUACUUUUGAGAUAAAUAAAAUAAAAAAUAAAAAAUAAUAAUAAAAAAAAAAGAGGGGGACCCGUCAACCAGUCAUAGCCGUGAGCAAGGGCUCAAGCAACUUGGACCGAUAGGGGCAUGUGUGCGCCACUCCCCUUCCAUGUCACUAGUGGCCAACUGGUUGUGGGGCAAGGAGUGGUCGUACAUGCAAGAGAAGAGUAAUAAGUCUUCAUUAUCAUGAGUUAAUAAGUAAUAAAUAAUAUAGUUUUAGCCUUAACUCAUGAUAAAUAGACUUAUAUUUAUGUUAAAGUGUGAAAAUUAGUUUUCAAUUGAUUAACAUAAAUUUUUGGGUAAUUAUGUGAUUUUAUAUAAUUUUUACAGUCUUACUUUUGAGAUAAAUAAAGGAAAAAAAAUAAAAAUAAAAAUAUUACAAAAUGGGGGGACCUGCCGGCCAACCAGGCCCACAAGCGGGUUGGAAGCAUCAUAGUUAGGGAGUAGCCACGAGUAGGGGCUCAAGCAGCUUGAACUGAUGGGGGCAUGUGUGUGCUAAUCCCCUUCCACAUCAUUGGUGGCCAGCCGGCUGUGGGGCAAGGAGUGGUUGUACACAUGCGAGAAAAAGACUUUGCUUACGAAUGUAACAUUACUAUAUAUUCGCCUAAAAAUUUGACGCACAACCGAUGUGGGACUAAACCCAUCACCUUCCUUAGAAGAGGUGGGGGAAACUAGCAUGGGUUUGAAUCCUCUCAGAGCAAAAACUCAUAUUUUUAUCUGAUUAUCACGACUUUUUUACAGAUCGUCGGUGAAGGAUUAAGCAACCAGAAUCACUAGAUCAUCGACGAAAAUCUCAUCAACGUGAUUCUCAAAGCAUUGUUACUCAAAUUAUUGAAGGAUUCACGAUAAAAGGAUCGCGAAUCCAUCGAGUAAAUUAUCUUCGAUUGAUCGACAAACAAGCUGUCGUCGAAAAGAGGACGAUUCACCAGGAGACGAGUUGCCACCUCCUGAGAGCAUACUAGAUGCGAUGAAGAGCCUCCUCUUAUUACGCGGAUCUGAGAAUGAAGCUCCUUAACAUGCGCCCCACCUCCAUCAAGCUCCUCUCUAUUGGGUGACAGCCACUAGAGAGCCACAAAGUCGCUAUUUUUCUGCUCCACUAGGUGACAGCCGCCGAAGACAAUUCAACGACCCACUUCAUUGAUCUUUGGACUUUGUAAGGAGAUCUAGAGAUUGCCCAUGUCGUCCUUGUCCAAAGAAAGCCUUCGAGGCCGUGAACACUACACGACAAUCCUCCCGAACACUUAGGAUUCCAAUGCAUCACCGACGCAUCACUGUCACAACGUCAGAAUUUUGUUUUCCUACUUUCAACUUAUUUUACGCUUCAUUUAAUGAUAAUCUUUAUAAUUUUAAUUUGCCAAAAUAUAAUUUUUUCUAUUAUGAUUCUUCUAGCCUUUACAGAUCUUAAUCCGAUUAACUAAAUCAUCUGUAAUCACUUACGUAAGAAUUACCAGGCGGAACUCUAUUUUCACUUGAUUCGCGUUUGCUAGGUGUUAACAUCAUCUUGACGUUUGCACCCUUAUUUUUCUUUUUUGUGAAUUUUAAAUAUAUUUCCUUUUCAUUUUCUAGUAUAAAAUUCAUAGAAAAUCGUAUUCAUUGAGAAAUAUUCUUGAAUAAUUACUAGAUAUUAUAGUACAUCUUGUGAUCGACUUGGAAAAUUACCAUUAUUUUUGAAAGUUUUAUAAAAUUAUAAUUGAUAUAUUUAUUGAGAAAUACUUCUAAAUAUCUAAAAAUUCAUAUUUUCUCGUUUUAUAAACUUUAGAUUUACAUGAUUUAAUAUACAACGACUAAGUCACAUCAAAUUUUGGCCUCGUUGCUGGGGGUGUAUUGCAUAAUAUUUAGUGUUUUUCUAUUUUUUUCUUAGAGUAUACAAAAAAAUUUAACUCUUCUUUUAUUUUCUUUUUACCAAUUUUUUUUUUAAGAAAAAGGGAAUGGAAAAAAGCAAGGCAAGGACUGGAGCAUACUGAAGGAGGGUAAUAAUUACUACACUUUUCCUUCAACUUUAUUGAUUUUUAUACAUGGUAGAAGAUCCUUGCAUCUAAGGCUAGAAAAUCUUUUCAUUAUUUCAUUCAAGACUAAAAAUCUGAAAGAAAAAUUAAUUUUGAUAGAUCUUGAAGGAAGUAUAGGUCAAAUUGAGAACAAUCCUAUGGCCAUAAAAAAUCAUUAUAUCCUUGAUUCAUUUCAAAGAGCAUCAAAUAUUAGAGUCCCAUUAGCACCCACUAUUAAAUUCGAAAUAAAUCUAAGAAUUUUUCAAAUGCUCCCUAAUUUUCAUGAAUUGUCUUUAGAGGAAUCUCAUCAGCACUUAGAAAAAUUCCAUAUGGUCUGUGAUUUAGUUAAUCUCUCUCAAGUUACCUCAGAAAUUAUUAAGAUGAAACUAUUCUCUCAUACACUUAGGGACAAAGCUAGCCAUUGACUAUCCACAUUAGAUAGAGAAUUAACUAGUUGAAAAGAUAUAGAACAGGCCUUUCUUCAAAAAUUUUAUCCCUUAGGAAAAACUCAAAAUAUGAGAAAACAUAUAUAGAGUUUUUCUCAAAGACCAAGAGAAACUUUGCAUAAGACAUGGAAAAAAUUCAAAGAUUUAUUUAGAAAGUGUCAUCAUCAUGUUAUACCCAAGUGGCAACUCAAUAGAAUUUUUUAUGAUGGAUUAUUAGAAUAACAUAGAAAUAUAGUUGAUUUUAUAUGUGGAGGAGCUUUUAUGGAGAAAACUCCUAAUGAGAUUUACAAUUUUUAUAAGAAUUUAAGUGAAAAUUCUAGAGAUCAAGACUCUUUUGAAUUAUAUGACAAGGAUAAGAAGAGAGGAAUUUAUGAAUUGCAUCAUGAUGAUGAUUCUAAAUUUAGAAAUGAGGUUAAUCAGAUUAAUCAAAGAUUAGAAAAACUUGAUUUAUUUAUUGAUAAUAUUAGAAAGCGUCUUAACCCUCAAUCUAAUUCAAAUAGUACAUGUCCUAUAUAUCGUGAAAAUAAUUAUUCUAAAUUUCAGUGCUAUAAUUUAGAUCAAUCAUUUCACCCUAUAUAAGAACAAGUGUAAGUAACUCACAGUUUUAAUAGAAAUAGUGAACCUUUUUUAAAUUCUUAUAAUCCUAACUAAAAGAAUAAUUUUUCAUGGAGAGAUCCAAAUAAUAUUUAAAAUUCAGAAGCAUUUAGACCUAGUUCAAACUUUGAAUUUCGUCCAAAAUAAGAAAAUAGAUUUAAAAAAAAACAGUCCUCUCAAACCCAACCUGAUAUUAUGAAAAUGAUGUAGCAAAUGAACCAAAUGAUGCAACAAACUAUGAAUCAAAUGAUGCUACAUUAUAAAUAAAUUAUAGAGGCCCUUGGGAAUAAGAGAGAAGAGGGACAGCUACCUAGUCAGCCCAUAGAAAAUUCAGUGAAUCGCCCAACAAUAGGAUUUCAGCAAGGGGAGUCUAGUAGCAUGAAUCUAGGAAAAAACCUACGAAAUGAAAAUGUUAGGACAGUGAAUGCAUUAAGGAGUGGUAAGAUCUUACCAAAUCCUUAUCCCCAAACAUUAGAAGAAAAAGAAAACGUGGACAACCCAAAACAAAAUCAAAUAAGAGUAGAUGAAGAUUUUAUAGAUUCUAUUAAGGAAAUUUCGAAAGAGAGGACAACAAUUUCAUUUCCUAAAGCUCUAGAGCCUAGACAAAGAAAGAAAAAGAAACGCAAUGAAGAAAUAAAUUUUUUUUUACAAGAUGUACAAAUUAGUCUUCCUUUAUUCAUUGCCAUUGAACAUAUUCUUGAAUAUGCUUGAGUUUUGAAAGAAAUGUGUAUAUCAAAAAGGGCACCUAGAGUAGAAAAAUUAUCUAUACAUGCUAGUGCAUUAUUAUUAAAUCAAUUACCAUAUAAAUUGAAAGAUACAGGUGCCCCUUUAAUUUCGUGUGAUAUUGGUGGAUCUAUUUUUUAGAAUACUUUACUUGACACCGGUGCUAGUAUUAAUUUAUUACUUACAAGUAUUUGUGAUAAAUUUAAUAUUUCUAAUCUUAAACCUUCUAUUGUUACUUUACAAUUUGUUGAUAGAUCCAUAAAACAUCCUAAAAGUAUUUUAGAAAAUGUGAUAGUGAUAGUUAAAGGGUGUAAAUUUCUAACUGAUUUUGUAGUGCUGGAAAUAGAUUUUAAUGGACAAUUUUAUGAUACACCAAUCAUCCUAGGGAGACCCUUUUUGCAUACAGUAAAGAUGAAUAUUGAUUUUCUCAUAGGUAUUGUGAAAAUUUUAUGUGGAGAUCAAUCAAUAGAAAUUUUAUGUGAAAAUUUUUGAGGUACCAAAUGAUCUUAAGAAAUCACAAGUAUAUGAUUAUCAUAACAUAGAUCUUCUAGAUGAUUUUGAUGAUCCAGAUUUUAUUGAUGAUUGUGUGCUGGAAGAAUUAGAGGAAAUAGAGAAUAUAAAUUUGGGAGAAAAAAGAGGAAGAUCAUCUGAAUUUAGAGUUGAAACCUCUUCCCUCUAGUUUAAAAUAUAUGUUUUUGGAGGAAAAUAAUUUAUUUCUUGUUAUUAUUGCAGCUGAUUUGAGUGAUGAACAGGAAGAAGAACUAUUAGAUGUACUUCGAAAAAAUAAGAAGGCUAUGGGCUGGAAAAUGAACGAUCUAAGGGGCAUUGAUAUGAGUGUACGCAUGUAUAGUAUAUAUCUAGAGGAGGGGGCUAGAACUAGUACGGAACCACAAUGAAGAUUAAAUCCUAACAUGAUGGAAAUUGUAAAAAAAGAAAUUUUAAAGUGGUUGGUUGCUGAUUUAUCCUAUUUCAGAUAGCAAAUAGGUUAGUCCUACACAAGUGGUGCCAAAAAAAUCAGAGAUCACAAUUAUACAAAACAAAAAUAGGGAUGAAAUACAAACAAGAUUAACUAUCGGUUGAAGGGUUUGCAUUGAUUAUAGAAAAUUAAAUUUAGUUACUAGAAAAGAUCAUUUUCUCCUACCAUUUACUAAUCAAAUUCUAGAAAAAUUAGUUGGAAAAAACUUUUUUUGUUUUCUGGAUGAAUACUCUGGUUAUAAUCAAAUUUAUAUAAACCCUUUAGAUCAAGAAAAAACAACUUUCACUUGUCCAUUUUGUACUUUUGCUUUUAAACACAUGCCUUUUAGUUUGUGAAAUGCUCCAACCACAUUUCAAAGAUGUAUGCUGUCUAUUUUUUCUAAUAUGAUUAGAAAAUGUAUAGAAAUUUUUAUGGACGAUUUUUCUAUUUUUGGUGAAUCAUUUGAUGAAUGUUUAAAUCAUUUACAACAUGUACUUGAGAAAUGCAUAGAGAAAAAGUUAGUUUUGAUUUGGGAGAAAUCACAUUUUAUGGUUAGAGAGGGAGUUGUGUUGGGUCAUAUUGUGAGUGAAAGGGGUUUAGAGGUGAAUAGAGCAAAAACUGAUAUUAUAUCUAAAAUGAAACCUCAAAAUUUAGUAAAAUAAAUUAGAUCUUUCUUGAGUCAUGUAGGUUGUUACAGAAAAUUUAUUAAAGAUUUUUUGAAAAUUUAUAAACCUCUCACCAUGCUAUUAUCUAAAGAUGUGCCUUUUAAUUUUGAUGAGAAAUAUUUUGAGUCUUUUUCUGAAAUAAAAAGAUUACUUAUUGAGGCACUCAUUUUACAAGCUCCUGAUUGGUCAUUUUCCUUUGAAAUAAUUUGUGAUGCAUCGAAUUAUGCAGUGGGGCCCGUUCUAGGACAAACAAAAGAGUCAAACCCAUAGUAAUUUCAUGUGCUAGUAAAACUACAUCUGAUGCUCAAUUUAAUUAUACCACGACUGAAAAAGAGUUAUUAGUUGUAGUAUUUUCGUUAGAAAGGUUUAGAUCAUAAAUUUUGAGAGCUAAAAUUAUUAUUUAUACUAAUCAUGUAGCAUUAAAAUAUCUGUUAAAUAAGAAAGAUGCAAAGCCAUGUUUAUUAAGAUGGAUUUUAUUGUUGCAGGAAUUUGACUUAGAAAUAAAAGAUAAAAAAGGUUUCAAGAAUAUUUUCCUAACCAUCUUUCUAGAUUAAGUGAUACAGGAAUAAAUGCAGCACCUUUACAAGACGCAUUUCCAGAUGAACAAUUGAUGGCAGCUCAACAUCAACCAUCACCAUGGUAUGCACAUAUUGUUAAUUUUCUAUUUUUUGGAAAAACUCUAGAAUAGUGGGAUAAGAACAAAAAACAUCAUUUCUUUUAUAAGAUUAGAAAUUAUUUUUGGCAUGAUCCUGAUUUAUAUUACUUGAGCAAUGAUCAAAUUUAAAGGACAUGUGUUCUUGAAGAAGAAUAUCAUAGCAUUAUUAACAUGUGCCAUUCAUCUAAUUGUGGAGGACAUUUCUCUAGACAAAAGUUAGUUACAAAAAAAUUUCAGUGUGAUUUUUAUUGGCCUACAAUCAUUAGAGAUUCUAUAGAAUUUAGUAGAACAUGUAUUUCAUGCCAAUCUAUAGGUAAGGUAAGUAAAAAAGAUGAAAUGCCCAUGAGUAACAUGUUAGUAGUUGAAAUUUUUGAUGUAUGGGGAAUAGAUUUCAUGGGUCCCUUCCCAUCAGCUGAAAAAUAUGAAUAUAUUUUACUUGUUGUUGAUUAUGUGUCAAAGUGGGUGGAAGCUAUUCCUACUAGAACUAAUGAUCAUAAAAUCGUGAUGAAAUUUGUGUGGGAAAAUAUUUUUUUGAGAUUUAGAUGUCAUAGAGUGAUUAUUAGUGAUGGAGGAACACAUUUUACCAAUAAACAUUUUAGGGAACUGUUGAAAAAGAAUGGAGUACACCACAAAGUAGCCACUCCAUAUCAUCCCCAAACAAAUGGGCAAGUUGAAGUAGAAAAUAGGGAAAUUAAGAGAAUUUUGAGAAAAAUAGUUAGACCAGAUAGGAAAGAUUACCCCAUGAAAUUACAAGAUGCAUUAUGGGCUUAUAGAAUAGCUUAUAAAAAUCCCAUAAGUCCCCAUUUCGUCUCAUUGUUGAAAAGCCAUGUCAUCUUCCUAUGGAAAUAGAGCAUAAAAUAUUAUGGGCUAUAAAAAAAUUAUGUAUGGAUGAAAAAUCAGCUGGUGGGCAUAGAAUUUUUCAACUACAUGAACUAGAAGAGUUGUGGAAUGAAGCUUAUGAAAAUCAUAGAGUAUAUAAAGAAAAAACUAAAACUUUUCAUGAUAAACACAUUAGCAGAAAAAAAUUGAUAUUGGACAAAAAGUGUGGUUAUAUGAUUCUAGGCUAAAAUUAUUCCCAAGAAAAUAAUCAAAAUGAAAAGGGUUUUAUGUGUUGGAAGAGACAUAUGAUCAUGGGGCCGUAAUAAGUAAAGAUCUUAAAAGUGACAUAACUUUAAGGUAAAUAGAUAGCGGCUUAAAUAGAUGAAUGCCUUGUAGAAAAAGAAAUUUUAUUAUUAAAAGAAAUUCAAGAGUGAGAUCAAAGAGUCCAACUAGAGAUAUUAAAUUCAGCGCUACAUGAGAGGCAACCCAUGAUUUUUAUUUCAUUAUGUUUGAUUUUUUUUAAGCUCUAUUUUUCUUAGAAUUUUGUAGUACUUGUUUCUGUAUUUGUUUUUUUGGAAAAGUGUAGGAGGAGGAGUGUAAGAUGAACUGAAAAAUUAAAAAUGAGGUUGAGGUGAUGUCUUUCUGAGCUGUAUCAUUUAUGAAAAUAUUUUUAAUGCUUAACUUUGCACAUAUUCAUGCUUCACUAGAAAAUUAUAUUUUCUACAUAUUCUGUUUCGAUUUUUCUGUGUCUUUGAGGACAAUGUUAUUUUUAAGUUGGGGGGUGAAGUAUUAAUUAUUAAUUUAUGUUUUAGGAUGAUUAAGAACAUGUGUUUUCAUUUAUUCAACUUAGAACAUCAACUAAAAAUAUAAAAAAUAAAUAAAAUUUAAAAAAACUACAACAUCUAUUUUCUAGUUUUCUAUUAGGAACAAUAGAUUGUCAAAAAUAGUAGACAAAAAAAUAGCCCAAAAUUUUAAAUUCUAGAGACCCUUUUCUCACAUUUCAAUCCUCUAGAUAUAUAUUACUGAAAUUCAAAAUUACAGCUAUAAAGAGGAUAGUUUUGAUUUAUUUUUGACAAAUUUAUUACUAUUAAAACUAGAACUGAAAAUAGAAAAUUAAACUAUCAAAACUAUUUAAUUUACAAAUUUCUUACAUCAUAUUGCAUGCAUGAAAAAUGAAAUCAAUUAAAUUGAUUGAUACCAAAUAGAUACUUGAAAGAUUAUUAUUGAGUCAAAAGAAUGAUCUAGUAGCAUGAAAUGUUGGAAUACUCUUUGGAUACAUGAUAGAUAACAUGGAUUUGAUUUUACAGAUUUUCACUUCAUGAUCUUGAUGGAUAGUAUUUACUUGAUGUAAAAGUUUGAUUGAUCAUUUGAGUUUAAUGGAGAUUUUUGCACCCUAAUCUAUAGGACUUGUAAGGAGAAAUCACUUAUUUCGAAAAAAAAAAAAGAAGAGAGAGCAAUAUGAAAAUUCUAGAAAUGAAGAGUACACAUAGAGGGUGUGAGACAUUAUUCUCAUUGUCAAAAAUUGUGUAUAGAAAAACACUUGUUGUAAAAUAAGUGGAUAAAGUGAAAGCCCUGAAAAUGAAGAGUACACAUGGAGGGUGUGAGACAUCAUUCUUAUUGUUGAAAUUUAUCAAUAGAAAAAGUUACUUAUCCACUAUAUAUAAAAGAAAAAAGAAGGAAGAAAUAUAGUACAAACUUCAAAAAUCAAGCCAUAGAAAAAGGGAAAUCUAGGAUCAAUAUUAUUCUUGGAUGAGUAUUGAUAAUUGGAACAUCUUGUAAAUACAUCUAUGAGUGAACAAGUGAUAAAGAUGUGAAUAGAAGAAGUGAAGUCUAGAUUGUUAUUCUAAAGAGUGUUUAAAUAUUUAAGUGCUUGACAUCAUUCUUAAUAUUUGAUAUAAGAAUCCAAAGUGUCUAAAGGUACAUCAUUUCUAAUUGUAUCUUUUUUUUGUAUUGAAAUAUGAUGUUUGAGAUUUGUAAAAUUUUAUUUUCGUAAUUCCAUUGCUAAGUGACUAGCAAUGAUUUAAGUUGAGGGGUGUGAUAAGUCUUUAUUAUCAUGAGUUAAUAAUUAGUAAAUAAUAUACUUUUAGUCUUAACUCAUGAUAAAUAGACUUAUAUUUGUGUUAAAGUGUGAAAAGUGGUUUUCAGUUGAUUAACGUGAAUUUUUGGGUAAUUACAUAAUUUUAUAAUAUUUUUAUUUUUAUUUCUUGUUCUUCAUUUAUCUCAAAUUUUUGGAUAAUUAUAUGAUUUUAUACAAUUUUUACAGUCUUACUUUUGAGAUAAAUGAAGAACAAGACAUAAAAAUAAAAAUAUUGUAAAAUGGGAGGACCCACCGGCCAGCCAGACCUACAAGUGGGUCAAAAGUGCAGUUGAGGAGUAGCCACGAGUAGGGGGGGUUGAUUGGCUUGAACCGAUGGAGGCACGUGUGCACCAUUCCCCUUCCACGUCACCGGUGGCUAGCUGACUGUGGGGCAAGGAGUGGUCGUACAUGCACAAGAAAAGGACAUUGCUUAGGAAUGUAACAUUACUAUAUAUUCGCCCGAAAAUUUGGCACACAACUGAUGUGGGACUAAACCCAUCACCUUUCUUAGAAGAGGCGGGGGCAACCGACAUGGGUUCGAAUCCUCCUAGAGCAAAAACUCAUAUUUUUAUUUGAUUAUUGUGACUUUUCUGCAGAUCACCGGAUUAAGCAAUCAGAAUUGUUAGAUCAUCAGCAAAAAUUUCAUCAAUGCGAUUUGUGGAGCAUUGUUACUCAAAUUACUAAGGAUUCGUCAUAAAAGGAUCGUGAAUCCAUCGAGUAAAUCAUCUCCGAUUAAUCGAUGAACAAGCCAUCAUCGAGAAGAAGACGAUCCGCUAAGAGACAAGUCACCACCUCUUGAGAGCAUACUAGAUGCAAUGAAGACCCUCCUCUUGGUGUGCGGACCUGAGGAUGAAGCUCCCUGACACACGCCCCACCUCCAUCAAGCUCUUUUCUGUCAGGUGACAGCCACUGGAGAGCUGUAAAGUCGCCAUUUUUCUGCUCCACCAGGUGAUAGCCAUCAAAGACAAUUCGACAACCCACUUCAUUAAUCUCUAGACUUUGCAAGGAGAUCUAGAGAUUGUCCACAUCGUCCUUGUCCAAGGAGAGCCUUCGAGGCUAUAGACACUACACGACGAUCCUCCCGAACGCUCAGGAUUCCAGUACAUCUCCAACGGAUUGUUGUCACGAUGUCGAAACUCUAUUUUCUUGCUUUCAACUUACGUUAUGCUUCAUUUAGUGAUAAUUUGUAUGAUUUUAAUUUACCAAAAUAUACUUUGUUCUAUUACGAUUCUUCCAACCUUUACAGAUCUUAAUUUGAUUAAUUAAAUCAUCUGUAAUCACUUAUGUAAGAAUCACCGAGCAGAACUCUGUUUCUACCCAAUUCACGUUUGUCAGAUGCUGACAUCAUCUUGAUGUCUACACCCUUAUUUCCCUUUUUCAUGAAUUUUAAAUAUAUUUCCUUUUCAUUUUCUAGUAUAAAAUUCAUAGAAAAUCGUAUUCAUUGAGAAAAAAUUACCAUACAUUAUAUUACAUUGCUAUAAUUGACCUAGAAAAUUAGCAUUAUUUUUAAAAGUUUAAUGGAAUUAUAAUUGAUAUAUUUAUUUAGAAAUACUUCUAAAUAUUAAAAAAUUCAUAUUUUCUAGUUUUAUAAAUUUUAGAUUUGCGUGAUUUAAUAUACAACGACUGAGUCACAACAAAAGAACUGGCUUAAAAAUAUAACAUUAAUGUAUACUCACUCGAAAAAUUAGUGCACAACUGAUGUGAGACUAAACUUGCAUCACCUUCCCCAAAAAGAGCAAAGCAACCAGUAAGGGUUCAAAUCCUCCUAGAGUCAAAAAUCAUAUAUUUUUAUCUGAUUAUCAUGACACUCCUAUAGAUCGCCAGUGAAGGAUUAAGUAAUGAGAAUCAUUGGAUCAUCAGCAAAAAUCUUGUCAAUGUGAUUCGCAGAGUAUUGCUACUAAAAUUGUUGAAUGAUUCGCAAUAAAAGGAUUGCAAACCAUCAAGUAAAUCAUCUCUGAUUGAUCGACGAACAAGUCAUCGUUGAGAAGAGGAUAAUCUGCCAGGAGAUGAGUCGCCACCUCCUGAGAGCAUACUAGAUGCGAUGAAGAGCCUCCUCUUGCUGCGUGGACUUGAGGAUGAAGCUCCCUAACAUGCGCCCCACCUCUAUCCAACUCCUCUCUGUUGGGUGACAGUUACCAAAGAGCCACCAAGUCGUCAUUUUUCUGCUCCGCCGAGUGACAACCACUAGAGAUGAUUCGAUGACCCAUUUCAUCAAUCUCUAGACUUCACAAGGAGAACUAAAGAUUGCCCAUGUUGUCUUUGUCCAAGGAGAGCCUUCGAGGCCAUAGACACUACAUAAUGAUCUUCCCGAAUAUUCAACAUUCCGGUGCAUCACCAAUGCAUCACUGUCACAAUGUCGGAACUCUAUUUUCCAGCUUUCAACUUACUUUAUGCUUCAUUUAGUGAUAAUUUUUGUGAUUUUAGUUUACCAAAAUAUACUUUAUUCAAUUACGAUUCUUUCCACUUUUACAAAUCUUAAUUUGAUUAAUUAAAUGAUCUAUAAUUGCUUACGGAAGAAUCACUAGGUGGAACUCUAUUUUCACUCGAUUUGCGUUCACCAGGUGCUGACAUCAUCUUGAUAUCUGCACCCUUAUUCCUUCUUUGUGAAUUUUAAAAUAUAUUCCUUUUCAUUUCCUAGUAUAAAAUUCAUAAAAACUCAUAUUCUUUGAGGAAAAUUCUAAAUAAUUACCAGAUAUUAUAUUGCAUCCCUAUGAUUGACCUAGAAAAUUAUCACAGUUUUUGAAGUUUUAUUGAAUUAUAAUUGAUAUAUUUGUUCAGAAAUACUUCAAAAUAUCUAAAAAUUCAUAUUUUCUAGUUUUAUAAAUUUUAGAUUUAUGUGAUUUAAUAUACAAAAACUAAGUCACAUCAAAUUUUGGUGCCAUUGUCGGAGAUGUAUUGCAUAAUAUUUAGUAUUUUUCUAUUUUUCUCUUAGCGUACACAAAAAAAUUGAACUCUUGUUUUAUUUUAUUUUUGCUGAUUUUUUUUUUAAAAAAAGGGAAGGAAGAGAAGCAAGACAAGGACUAGAGCAUACUGAAGGAGGGUAACAAUUACUAAACUUUUUUCCUCGAAUUUAUUAUUUUUUUAUGUAUGAUGGAAGAUCUUUGCAUCUAAGGCUAGAAAAUCUAAAAGAAAAAAAUAAAUUUUAAUAGAUCUUAAAGGAAGUACAGGUCAAACUGAGAACAAUCCUAUGACCAUGAAAAAUUAUUAUAUCCCUGAUUCAUUUCAAAAAGCAUCCAAUAUUAGAGUCCCAUUAGCACCCACUAUUAAAUUCGAAAUAAAUCCAAGAAUUUUUCAAAUACUUCCUAAUUUUCAUGGAUUACCUUUAGAGGAACCUCAUUAGUACUUAGAAAAAUUUUAUAUGGUCUGUGAUUUCAUUAAUCUCCCUCAAGUUACACUGGAAAUUAUUAAGAUGAAAUUAUUUUCUCAUACACUUAGGGACAAAGCUAGCCAUUAGCUAUCCACAUUAGAUAGAGAAUUAACUAGCUGAAAUGAUAUAUGAUAAGUCUUCAUUAUCAUGAGUUAAUAAUUAGUAAAUAAUAUAGUUUUAGCCUUAACUCAUGAUAAAUAGACUUAUAUUUGUGUUAAAGCAUGAAAAGUGGUUUUCAGUUGAUUAACGUGAAUUUUUGGGUAAUUAUGUGAUUUUAUACGAUUUUUACAGUCUUAGUUUUGAGAUAAACGAAGAACAAGAAAUAAAAAUAAAAAUAUUGCAAAAUAGGGAGACCCGCCGGCCAGCCGGGCCCGCAAGCGGGUCGGAAGCGCAGUCGGGGAUUAGCCGCGAGCAGGGGCUCGAGCACCUUGCUUGGAUCGAUAGGGGGCACGUGUGCGCCACUCCCCUUCCACGUCACCGGUGGUCAGCCGGCUGUGGGGCAAGGAGUGGUCGUACACGCGAGAGGAUUUUGCCUACAAAACUAACUUUACUAUAUAUUCGCCCGAAUAAUCCGCGCACAACCGAUGUGGGACUAAACCCGCGUCACACCUUGUUCAGGGGCGGGCGACCGCCGCGGGUUCGAAUCCUCCCAGAGUCAAAAUUCAUAUAUUUUUAACUGAUUAUCGCGACUUUCCUGCAGAUCGCCGGUGAAGGAUUAAGCAACCGGAAUCGCUGGAUCAUCGGCGAAAAUCUCGUCAACGCGAUUCGCGGAGCAUUGCUACUAAAAGUUCUGAACGAUUCGCGAUAAAAGGAUCGCAAUCCAUCGAGUAAAUCAUCUCCGAUUUAUCGACGAACAAGCCGUCGUCGGGAAGAGGACGAUCCGCCGGGAGACCAGUCGCCACCUCCUAAGAGCGUACCAGAUGCGAUGAAGAGCCUCCUCUUGCUGCGCGGACCUGAGGAUGAAGCUCCCUAACACGCGCCUCACCUCCAUCCAGCCCCUCUCCGUCGGGUGACAGCCGCCGGAGAGCCGCAUAGUCGCCGUUUUUCCGCUCCGCCGGGUGACAGCCGCCGGAGAUGAUUCGACGACCCACUUCAUUGGUCUCUAGACUUCGCGAGAAGAUCUAGAGAUUGCCCACGUCGUCUUUGUCCAAGGAGAGCCUUCGAGGCCGUGGACACUGCACGACGACCCUCCCGAACGCUCAGGAUUCCGGUGCAUCGCCGACGCGUCGCCGUCGCGACGCCGGAACUCUAUUUUCCUGCUUUAUCUAGAGAUUGCCCACGUCGUCUUUGUCCAAGGAGAGCCUUUGAGGCCGUGGACACUGCACGACGAUCCUCCCGAACGCUCAGGAUUCCGGUGCAUCGCCGACGCAUCGCCGUCGCGACGCCGGAACUCUGUUUUCCUGCUUUCAAUUUAAUUUACGCUUCAUUUAGUGAUACUUUGUUGAUUUUAAUUUACCACACUAUACUUCGUUCAAUUACAAUUCUUCCGGCUUUUACAGAUCUUAAUUUGAUUAAUUGAGUCGUCUGUAAUCGCCUACGUAAGAAUUGCCGGGCAGAACUCUGUUUCCGCCUGAUUCGCGUUCGCCGGGCGCUGACGUCAUCCUGACGUCCGCACCCUUAUUUCCUUUUUUUCGUGAAUUUUAAAUAUAUUUCCUUUUUAUUUCCUAGUAUAAAAUUCGUAAGAAAAUCGUACUCAUUGAGAAAAAUUCUGAAUAGUUACCAGAUAUUAUAUUACAUCCCUGUGAUCGACCUGGAAAAUUACCGCUAUUUUUGGAAUUUUUAUUGAAUUAUAAUUGAUAUAUUUAUUUUGAAAUACUUCUAAAUAUCCGAAAAUUCGUAUUUUCUAGUUUUAUAAAUUUUAAAUUUGCGUGAUUUAAUAUACAACGACUGAGUCACGUCAAUAUAGAACAGAUAUUUCUUUGAAAAUUUUAUCCCUAAGGAAAAACUUAAAAUAUAAGAAAACAUAUAUAGAGUUUUUCUCAAAGAUUAAAAGAAAUUUUACAUGAGACAUAGGAAAAAUUUAAAGACUUACUUAGAAAGUGUCCUCAUCAUGCUGUACCCAAGUGGCAGCUCAAUAUAAUUUUUUAUAAUAGAAUAUUAGAACAACAUAGAAAUAUGAUUGAUUCUAUAUGUAGAGGAGCUUAUAUGGAGAAAACCCUUGAUGAGAUUUACAAUCUUUAUGAGAAUUUAAGUGAAAAUUCUAGAGAUCAAGCCUCUUUUGAAUUAUAUGACAAGGAUAAGAAGAGAGGAAUUUAUGAAUUGCAUCAUGAUGAUGAUUCUAAAUUUAGAAAUGAGGUUAAUUAGAAUAAUCAAAGAUUUUAAAAACUUGAUUUACUUAUUGACAAUAUUAGAAAGCCUCCUAACCCUCAAUUUAAUUCAAAUAGUACAUGUCUUAUGUAUGGUAAAAUGAUUAUUCUGAAUUUCAAUGUUAUAAUUUAGAUCAAUCAUUUCACCCUAUGCAAGAACAAGUGCAAGUAGCUCAUGGUUUAAAUAGAAAUAGGGAACCUUUUUUAAAAUUCUUAUAAUCUUAAUUGAAGGAAUAAUUUUUCAUGGAGAGAUCUAAAUAAUAUUUAAAAUUCAGAAGCAUUUAGACCCAAUUCAAACUCUGAAUUUCGUCCAAAAUAAGAAAACAGAUUUCAAAAAAAUCAGCCCUCUCAAACCCAACUUGAUAUUAUGGAAAUGAUGCAGCAAAUGAGCCAAAUGAUGCAACAAACUAUGAAUCAAAUGAUGCUGCACUAGAAAUAAAUUAUAUAGGCUCUUGGGAAUAAGAGAGAAGAGGGACAGCUACCUAGUCAGCCUAUAGAAAAUCCAAGAAACUGUCCAACAAUAGGAUUUCAGCAAGGGGAGUCUAACAACAUGAAUCAAGGAAAAAACCCACGAAAUGAAAAUAUUAGGACAGUGAAUGCAUUAAGAAGUGGCAAGAUCUUACUUGAUCCUUAUCCCUAAACAUUAAAAGAAAAAGAAAACGUGGACAACCCAAAAUAAAAUCAAAUAGGAGUAGAAGAGGAUUUUAGAGAUUCUACCAAGGAAAUUUCAAAAGAGAGGACGACCAUUCUAUUUCCUAAAACUCUAGAGCCUAGACAAAGAAAGAAAAAGGAACACAAUGAAGAAAUAAAGAAAAUUUUACAAGAUGUGUAAAUUAGUCUUCCUUUACUCACUGCUAUUGAACAUAUUCUUGAAUAUACUAGAGUUUUGAAAGAAAUGUGUACACCAAAAAGGGCACCUAGAGUAGAAAAAUUAUCUAUACAUACUAGUACAUUAUUAUUAAAUCGAUUAUCAUAUAACUUAGGAGAUACAAGUGCCCCUUUAAUUUCGUGUGAUAUUGGUGGAUCCAUUUUUCAGAAUGCAUUAUGACGUGACUCAGUCGUUGUAUAUUAAAUCACGCAAAUAUAAAAUUUAUAAAACUAGAAAAUACGAAUUUUCGGAUAUUUAGAAGUAUUUCUAAAUAAAUAUAUCAAUUAUAAUUCAAUAAAAUCCAAAAAUAGCGGUAAUUUUCCAGGUCGAUCACAGGGAUGUAAUAUAAUAUCUGGUAAUUAUUCAGAAUUUUUCUCAAUGAAUACGAUUUUCUUACGAAUUUUAUACUAGGAAAUAAAAAGGAAAUAUAUUUAAAAUUUACGAAAAAAAGGAAAUAAGGGUGCGGGCGUCAGGAUGACGUCAGCGCCAGGCGAACGCGAAUCAGGCGGAAACAGAGUUCCGCUCGGCGAUUCUUACGUAAGCGAUUACAGACGACUUAAUUAAUCAAAUUAAGAUCUGUAAAAGCCGGAAGAAUCGUAAUUUAACGAAGUAUAGUUUGGUAAAUUAAAAAUCACACAAAGUAUCACUAAAUAAAGCGUAAAUUAAAUUGAAAGCAGGAAAACAGAGUUCCGGCGUCGCGACGGCGAUGCGUCGGCGAUGCACCGGAAUCCUGAGCGUUCGGGAGGAUUGUCGUGCAGUGUCCACAGCCUCGAAGGCUCUCCUUGGACAAAGACGACGUGGGAAAUCUCUAGAUAAAGCAGGAAAACAGAGUUCCGGCGCCGCGACGGCGAUGCGUCGGUGAUGCACCGGAAUCCUGAGCGUUCGGGAGGGUCGUCGUGCAGUGUCCACGGCCUCGAAGGCUCUCCUUGGACAAAGACGACAAUCUCUAGAUCUUCGCGAAGUCUAGAGACCAAUGAAGUGGGUCGCCGAAUCGCCUCCGGCAGCCGUCACCUGAGAAAAUCGACUUUAUGCUCUCGGCCGUCACCCGACGGAGAGGGCUGGAUGGAGUGAGCGUGUUAGGAGCUUCAUCCUCAGUCCGCAGCAAGAGGAGGCUCUUCAUCGAUCUGGUACGCCUCGAGGUGGCUACCGGUCUCCGGCGGAUCGUCUCUUCCCGACGACGCUUGUUCGCCGAUCAAUCGGAGAUGAUUUACCGAUGGAUUGCGAUCCUGUUAUCGCGAAUCGCUCAGAAAUUUUAGUAGCAAUGCUCCACCAAUCGCGUUGACGAGAUUUUCGCCGAUGAUCCAGCCAUUCCGCUGCUUAAUCCUUCACCGCGAUCUGCAGGAAAGUCGCGAUAAUCAGUAAAAAUAUAUGAAUUUUGACUCUGGGAGGAUUCGAACCCGCGGCGGUCGCCCGCCCCUGAACAAGGUGGAUUUAGUCCCACAUCGGUUGUGCGCGGAUUAUUUGGGCGAUUAUAUAGUAAAGUUAGCUUUCUACAAAGUCCUCUCGCGUGUACGACCACUCCUUGCCCCACAGCCGGCUGACCACCGGUGACGUGGAAGGGGAGUGGCAUGUGCCCCUAUCAGUAAGCCGCCGAGCCCUGCGGGCUACUCCCCGACGCGCCCGACCCGCUUGGGCUGGCCGGCGGAUCCCCCCAUUUUGCAAUAUUUUUAUUUUUAUUUCUUGUUCUUCGUUUAUCUCAAAACUAAGACUGUAAAAAUCGUAUAAAAUCACAUAAUUACCCAAAAAUUCACGUUAAUCAACUGAAAACCACUUUUCAUGCUUUAACACAAAUAUAAGUCUAUUUAUCAUGAGUUAAGGCUAAAACUAUAUUAUUUACUAAUUAUUAACUCAUGAUAAUGAAGACUUAUCACAUUACUUGACACUGGUGCUAGUAUUAAUUUAUUACAUAUAAGGAUUUGUAAUAAAUUUAAUAUUUCUGAUCUUAAACCUUCUACUAUUAUCUUACAAUUUACUGAUAGAUCCAUAAAACAUCCUAAAGGUAUUUUAGAGAAUAUGAUAGUGACAAUUAAAGGGUGUAAAUUUUCAGCUGAUUUUGUAGUGCUAGAAAUGGAUUUUAAUGGAUAGUUUUAUGAUACACCAAUCAUUCUAAGGAGACCAUUUUUGCAUAUAGCAAAGAUGAAUAUUGAUUUUCCCAUAGGUAUUGCAAAAUUUUCAUGUGGAGAUCAAUUAGUAGAAAUUAAAAUUUUUAAGGUACCAAAUGAUCUUAAGAAAUCACAAGUAUAUGAUUGUCAUACCAUAGAUCUUCUAAAAUUAUAUGGGGGAGGGGGGAGUGGGUGUUGUUAAAACACAUCCUUUAAAAUAGUCAGCCAUAUCUAACACUCCCCAGAACUCUUUAGUCAUUUUAAUGACCCUAUUUUAUUGGGCUAUUAUAAUGACCAGCUAGUUGUCUGAGUCAAUAACAACAUUAAGUUGCUGCUGUUGGCGCUUCUGCUCAUCCAUCCAGUUGCACGUGGGAUUUGGUCUUGGUCUAUGCCAAAUCUAGAGAAUCCGAAGCACUAGAAAUUCAGGUGAUGUCCCUGAAAUAACAGGGAAGUUACUCAUCACGUAAGGAUUUCAUGGACAAUGAAAGCUUUAGUUCCUAAGUGACUACUGUUUGAGGCGCAAGGGCACAAUAUAUCUAUACCUAUAUCUAUAUCUAUAUCUAUAUAUAUACGGAGUUUACGAUAUUGAACACCAAGCAAACGGUAGUUAAGAGUAUGACGAUCAUGGUGGCAAGAUCUGGAAAUUCAUGAAGGAAAACACCGCUCAGGCUCAGCCCUCUACGAGAAGACACGGAGCAUCAUUCCUGCAGACCAUCCACAAAGGAGGAGGCGAAAGCAUCCAUACACAACCGUGAGAUGGAUACCGACAGCUGCACGCUACCUUCUUCAUCCCUUGCCGCUAACAGUGCCACCUCCCCGUUCCCGUUCAUUGAUACCAUCUCCACCCUCCUAGGGCCCCCCCAGCCAAAAUCCGCAUCGUACACCCGGAACCUCGGCGACCCCGACACAUUCGCUAGUCUCUCGAUCGGAAAACCCGUAAGAACCGACUUAGUUGUCCAGCGCUCAAUGUCACUCAACGGUUCUCUAGUAGCCUCCUGGACCGCUCUCCGCACCGCUGCGCAGGCCGUCUUAAUCCCCUCAUCGUCACCGGCCAGCAGCUCCGACGCCUUGGCCACGGCCAAGCAGGGCUUGACGCAGUUGCCGAAGUAGCGGUCCUCGACGGGAGGGUCAAGGCGACGGCGGCAGUCAGCUUCGAAAAGGAAGGGACAGAUAAGGUCGUCCGGUGGAAUGCCCUUCGCUCUGACGAUGCUCAGCCAGAUGUGGGCGGCCAGGGCGGCGAACGCCGAGGGCCGGUGAGUAGCGGUGCCUCGGUCCUUUAGGGAGGCGAUGCUCUCCAUCUUGACGAUGAAGGUUCUCCGUGACAACUUACGCGGAUCGUAGAAUUUCAUCAAAGAGUCGGAUAACUGAAAUCAGCCAUGACGCAUGUUUCAGCUAUUUAGAUAUAGGUAAAUGGAUAGAUAGAGAAAGAGACACGGUGACAGAGCCAUUGAGCUUACGCUUGGGAGGUUGGGAGCGACGGUCCUCACGAUACUCCUGGCAAUCUCUUCCGCUCGGGGGUGACUUAUGACCGACCGGUCAUGCAAUGGCUCCGGGAGACUCGAUGCCCCUCCGCCGGACGAUAUCCGGCACUCCGCCGCCCACGCAUCAACGAACUGCCAUAUGGCCUUACCAUCGGCGGCCAUGUGGUGCAUAGAGAACCCAAUUACCACACCUCUCCCAGGAAAACCGGUGACUUGCACGGAGAACACCGGAGCCGGAAGCUGACUCGCCUCUAAGACCGGCACAAGAGACAAGAACGCCUCCUCGUCGUAGUGCUGGAUGUCCGUGAGCCGUUGGAAAUCGAUCCCCUCCGCCUCUGCCCAAAGGAAAUCGACCCCGUCGCCUCCGUCGCCGGAGAAACUUAUCAUGAGGUUGCCGGUGCCGUCGACCGCGGUGAACUUCCCGGCGAGGGCAUAAUAACGAGAAAGCGUCCGGGAGAGGGACUCCCUGAGCUCUUCGACGAGGGAGGGGAUCGGGCGGUCGGUGCUGAACAGCAGCACCCGUUGCAGGGGAGGGAAACGAAUCCAUUUGGCGUCGAAGAAGGAGAGCUUGACGGGUUCCGGACAGGGGCCUUCAAGUGGUGAGAGCGAGACGCGGGUGACGUUCAAGACUCGAACUUCCCCCAUGGUUGUCGACAGCCACCGUCCUACCUCAUCGAAGAAAGCGUAUCAGUCCCGCCUUGGAUUUGUAGACAACUGAUACCCACCACGCGCGUGCCACCUGCCGCUGUCUUUUUCCUGUAGUGUGCCUCCACCACUCAUGAAACCUACUCAAACCCUUUUCUCCCGAUUAUGAUUCCUAUUCGCUAAUGUGAGCACGCCACCAAAAUUUUAUCUGCAUCUUGAAAUUUUAUUUCGCACAACUGUAGCGGCUACCAACGUCUGGUUUGGGCCCCGGGCUGGCAGAAUCCAGCCCAUAUUUUCAGUUCCCUUCACGUGACCUGGCCUUUCGAAAGAUAAUAACGGGACAAACUUAGCCUCACCAUCUGUAAGAUGUUGAGAAUCACCGGAUUAAAGACAGUCUACUGUAUGGAAUUGUACUUCAUUAUAUCUCAGGCAUACCCGAAAGGGUUGAUUUAGAGCAGUACAAUAACGAUAGGCCCAGCUAGCUAAGCCAGCUUGAUACUCUUGUUUAUUUGUUUCCCACUAGGUCUUGGAACCCUUUACUAGAACACAAAUUGAAGAACAAAUCCUACAUCAUUUCUUUUAGAAGUCCAUUUUCUGGAAUGUGAGCUAAAGAAAGCAUGAAAAUUAAAAUUUUAAUAUCACAUUGAGUUAAAUUAAAUGUCAUUAAAGUAUGUGAAUAUUUUGAUACACUGAGUCUUGUCAGUAUGUUGUCAUUAGCUUUUUUGUGCAACAUCAAUUUCUUGUAAUUCCAAAUGUGAAAUGAUUAUAAAAUAGUCUCAAGCAAGAAACCUAUCCCAUUCAAUAGCAAGCCCUAAUAGCUAUUUGGGGAUAUCAUAGUGCUUCAUUUUUCCUAUUUUCUUCUACAAUUCUAAGCUAAGUUUUAUUGUAUCCUUAUCUUCUUUAUGACCUCAAGUAUCAUAUUGGGUACUUGUGCAAAAAAUAAAGAGAGAAUUUGUGAGGUCUUUGCUGGCAAGUUGACGUGACUUAGUCGUUGUAUAGUAAAUCAUGUAAAUUAAAAAUUUAUAAAAUUAGAAAAUAUAAAUUUUCAGAUAUUUACAAAUAUUUAUAAAUAAAUAUAUCAAUUAUAAUUUCAUAAAACUUCUAAAAAAUGGUAAUUUUCCAAGUCGAUCACAAGGAUGUAAUAUAAUAUCUGGUAAUUAUUUAGAAUUCUCCUCAAAGAAUACUAUUUUUUAUGAAUUUUACACUAGAAAAUGAAAAUAAAAUAUAUUUAAAAUUUACAAAAAAGGAAAAUAAGGGUGUGGAUGUUAGGAUGAUGUCAACACCCGACGAAUGCAAAUCGGGCAGAAAUAGAGUUCCAUCCAAUGAUUCUUACAUAAGUGAUUAUAAAUGAUUUAAUUAAUCAAAUUAAGAUCUAUAAAAGUUGGAAAAAUCGUAAAUGAAUGAAGUAUAUCUUAGUAAAUUUAAAUCACUCAAAUUAUCACUAAAUGAAGCAAAAAGUAAGUUGAAAGCAAGAAAAUAGAAUUCCGACAUUGCGGUGACGAUGCGUUGGUGAUGCACCAAAAUCUUGAAUGUUCAAGAGGAUUGUCAUGUAGUGUACAUGGCCUCAAAGGCUCUCCUUGGACAAAGACGAUGUGGGCAAUCUCUAGAUCUCCUUACGAAAUCUAGAGAUCAAUUAAAUGGGUCGUCGAAUCGUCUCCGAUAGCUGUCACCCGGUGGAACAGAAAAAUGACAACUUUGUGGCUCUCCAACGGCUGUCACCUGACGGAGAAGAGCUAGAUGGAGGUAGGGCGCGUGUUAGGGAGCUUUAUCCUCAGGUCCACGCAGCAAGAGGAAGCUCUUCAUCACAUUUGGUACACUCUUCAGAGGUGGUGACUCAUCUCCUAGUGGAUUAUCCUCUUCCCGACGAUGGCUUAUUUGUCGAUCAAUCGGAGAUGCUUUACUCAAUAGAUUCGCAAUCCUUUUAUUGUGAAUUAUUCAGUAAUUUUAGUAACAAUGCUCCAUGAAUCACAUUGAUGAGAUUUUUGCCAAUGAUCCAGCGAUUUUAGUUGCUUAAUCCUUCACCGGUGAUUUAUAGGAAAGUCGUGAUAAUUAGAUAAAAAAUAUGAGUUUUGGCUUUGGAAGGAUUCAAACCCGUGCUAGUUGCCCACCUAUUUCUGGGGAAGGUGUGAUGUGGGUUUAGUCCCACAUCACUUGUGUGCCGAAGUUUCGAACGAAUAUAUAAUAAUGUUACAUUUGAAAGCAAGUCCCUUUCUCAUGCAUGUACGACCACUCCUUGCCCCACAAUUGGCUAGCCACCGGUGAUGUGGAAGGGGAGUGGCUGACGGGUCCCCUCCAUUUUGUUAUAUUUUUAUUUUUUUUUCUUUUUCUUCAUUUAUCUCAAAAGUAAGACUGUAAAAAUCAUAUAAAUUCGUAUAAAAACAUAUAAUUACCUAAAGUUCACAUUAAUCAAUUGAAAAUCACUUUUCACAUUUUAACAUAAAUAUAAAUCUAUUUAUCAUGAGUUAAAGCUAAAACUAUAUUAUUUACUAAUUAUUAACUCAUGAAGGACAAGCUCGAGCUCACCCUUAUCUUUCUUUGUAUUUUCACAUGACUUGUUGGGCCUCGUGUUUGUGUGUUAGCAGGCCCAAUUCUAUGUGUGUGUUGUUGUUUGUGUCUCCCUUUCUUUAGGAUUUUAUUGGGUCUCUCUUUUGAGGCCCAAUUAAAACCCUAAGGGGGGGGACCUAGGCUUCUUUCCUUUUUGGGCUUCUUUUGGGGCUUAUUUAGGUCUUCAAUUGAGGCCCACUUAAGCACCAUAUGAGGGCCCUCCUCUUUCUCCUUUAGGGGAGCUUAUUGGGUUUCUCUUUUAGAGGCCUAAUAAGUCAUUUUUGUAGCUUUUUUUGUGGCUUAUAAGCUUGAGGGCCUGAUAAGUCUUCAUUAUCAUGAGUUAAUAAUUAGUAAAUAAUAUAGUUUAGCCUUAACUCAUGAUAAAUAGACUCAUAUUUAUGUUAAAGUGUGGAAAGUGGUUUUUAAUUGAUUAAUGUGAUUUUUUGGGUAAUUAUGUGAUCUUACACAAAUUUAUAUGAUUUUUACAGUCUUACUUUUGAGAUAGAUGAAGAAAAAGAAAUAAAAAAUAAAAAUAAGAUAAAAUGAGGGGGACCUGUCGACCAGCAAGGCCUGCAAGAAAGUUGGAAGUUUAGUUAGGGAGUAGCCGCGAGUAGAGGCUCGAGCAACUUGGACUAAUAGGGGCACGUGUGUGUCACUCCCCUUCCACGUCACCAGUGGCUAAUUGGCUGUGGGGCAAGGAGUGGUGGUACAUGCAAGAGAAGGGACUUGCUUAGGAAUGAAACAUUAAUAUAUAUUCACCCGAAAAAUUGGUGCACAACUAAUGUGGGACUAAACUUGCAUCACCUUCCCUAGAAAGGGCAGGCAACCAGCAUGGGUUUGAAUCCUCCUAGAGUCAAAAAUCAUAUAUUUUAUUUAAUUAUCACAACUUUCCUACAGCUUCGUUGGGUGAUGAUAAGUCUUCAUUAUCAUGAGUUAAUAAUCAGUAAAUAAUAUAGUUUUAGCCUUAACUCAUGAUAAAUAGACUUAUAUUUGUGUUAAAGCAUGAAAAGUGGUUUUCAGUUGAUUAACGUGAAUUUUUGGGUAAUUAUGUGAUUUUAUACGAUUUUUACAGUCUUAGUUUUGAGAUAAAUGAAGAACAAGAAAUAAAAAUAAAAAUAUUGCAAAAUGGGGGGAUCCGCCGGCCAGCCGGGCCCGCAAGCGGGUCGGAAGCGCAGUCGGGGAGUAGCCGCGAGCAGGGGCUCGAGCGGCUUGGUUGGAUCGGUAGGGGCACGUGUGCGCCACUCCCCUUCCACGUCACCGGUGGUCAGCCGGCUGUGGGGCAAGGAGUGGUCGUACACGCGAGAGGACUUUGCCUAGAAAGCUAACUUUACCCUAUAUUCGCCCGAAUAAUCCGCCCACAACCGAUGUGGGACUAAAUCCAGCUUGUAACGGGCGGGCGACCGCCGCGGGUUCGAAUCCUCCCAGUGUCAAAAUUCAUAUAUUUUUAACUGAUUAUCGCGACUUUCCUGCAGAUCGCCGGUGAAGGAUUAAGCAACCGGAAUCGCUGGAUCAUCGGCGAAAAUCUCGUCAACGCGAUUCGCGGAGCAUUGCUACUAAAAUUUCUGAACGAUUCGCGAUAAAAGGAUCGCAAUCCAUCGAGUAAAUCAUCUCCGAUUGAUCGACGAACAAGCCGUCGUCGGGAAGAGGACGAUCCGCCGGGAGACCAGUCGCCACCUCCUGAGAGCGUACCAGAUGCGAUGAAGAGCCUCCUCUUGCUGCGCGGACCUGAGGAUGAAGCUCCCUAACACGCGCCUCACCUCCAUCCAGCCCCUCUCCGUCGGGUGACAGCCGCCGGAGAGCCGCAAAGUCGCCGUUUUUCCGCUCCGCCGGGUGACAGCCGCCGGAGACGAUUCGACGACCCACUUCAUUGGUCUCUAGACUUCGCGAGAAGAUCUAGAGAUUACCCACGUCGUCUUUGUCCAAGGAGAGCCUUCGAGGCCGUGGACACUGCACGACGACCCUCCCGAACGCUCAGGAUUCCGGUGCAUCGCCGACGCGUCGCCGUCGCGACGCCGGAACUCUGUUUUCCUGCUUUAUCUAGAGAUUGCCCACGUCGUCUUUGUCCAAGGAGAGCCUUCGAGGCCGUGGACACUGCACGACGACCCUCCCGAACGCUCAGGAUUCCGGUGCAUCGCCGACGCAUCGCCGUCGCGACGCCGGAACUCUGUUUUCCUGCUUUCAAUUUAAUUUACGCUUCAUUUAGUGAUACUUUGUUGAUUUUUAUUUACCAAACUAUACUUCGUUCAACUACGAUUCUUCCGGCUUUUACAGAUCUUAAUUUGAUUAAUUGAGUCGUCUGUAAUCGCCUACGUAAGAAUCGCCGGGCGGAACUGUGUUUCCGCCUGAUUCGCGUUCGCCGGGCGCUGACGUCAUCCUGACGUCCGCACCCUUAUUUCCUUUUUUUUUCGUGAAUUUUAAAUAUAUUUCCUUUUUAUUUCCUAGUAUAAAAUUCGUAAGAAAAUCGUACUCAUUGAGAAAAAUUCUGAAUAAUUACCAGAUAUUAUAUUACAUCCCUGUGAUCGACCUGGAAAAUUACCGCUAUUUUUGGAAUUUUUAUUGAAUUAUAAUUGAUAUAUUUAUUUAGAAAUACUUCUAAAUAUCCGAAAAUUCGUAUUUUCUAGUUUUAUAAAUUUUAUAUUUGCGUGAUUUAACAUACAACGACUGAGUCACGUCAAAUUUUGGCGCCGUUGCCGGGGAUGUAUUGCAUAAUAUUUAGUAUUUUUCUGUUUUUCUCUUAGAGUACACAAAAAAAACUUUACUCUUGUUUUAUUUUCUUUUUGCUGAUUUUUAUUAGAAAAAGGGAACGAAAAGAAGCACGGCAAGGACUGGAGCAUCCUGAAGGAGGGUAACAGUUACUAACUUUUUCCCUCGAAUUUAUUGAUUUUUAUGCAUGGUAG